CCAUAAUUGGUGCGAGGCCGGGGUGGUCGCAUCUAACCGCCGAAGCAGGAAGUUGACAAGGGUCAACCAACAGCUUCAGGAUCUCUCAGCUGCUUAUUUAAACCACAGACAGUAAUAAACCCCUCAAUUCGAAUUCGUACGACAAUUAUCUCAUUCUCAUACCUUUACAACCUGAACCUUCAAUAUGCCUUCGAUUGAUGCUGACACGCCACUUCCCUCAAGUGAGGGUAUCAUGGAAACAAGCUCAAGUCCAGCUUCCCCAAUUAACAGGCAACGCACUCCUUCCGUUUCCAUAACUCCCCCUUCUGGCAGGGCCAGGGGAGAGUCUCAUGGGCUCACGUCUGCCAUCGGCAACAUUCGGCUAUCUGACACAAAUGGACGCGCAACUCUCUCCCCGGAACCGAGGCGUUCCAGAAACGGCACGCCCCGAAGACGGCGUUCAAGUACCGGGGCUGUUGAGCAGCAUGACGUUGCUGAUGAAGAACUCCCUGAUGAUGCGUUCCAUUCCCCCGAGUUCCAAGGAGCUUUCCGAGAUGCCAAGCAGCUGAUGUCUAACAUUCAAUCUGUGCUGGGAAGCUCGAAUAUCCACGAAGCGCACGAGUCAACAAUGCGAAAGCUCCAUGAAGAUGCUGGCAGACUUUCCGCGUUCGAGUACCCAGCAACCCGUACCGUCGGGUUCGUAGGCGACUCUGGUGUUGGCAAGAGUAGUCUGCUCAAUUCGCUCCUCGAUACAAAAGGGCUUGCAAGGACUAGCAACAAUGGAGAAGCCUGCACAUGUGUUGUGACGGAGUACCAUUAUCACAAUCGUGACACGCUUGACAUUCGAGUCAAUUUGUUCUCGAUCGAGGAACUUCAAGAUCAACUCGGCAGACUCCUUCAAGUUUAUCGCACCUUUGAGCUUCAUCGGGAUGAGAUCACUGAUGCCGCUGAGCGUCAAGACAUGGAAGCGAAUGCCAGAGUGGCCAAGGACACGUUUCGAGCCAUGUUUCGCGGUCGACUGACUGACAAAGCAUUCCUGAUUCGUGAAUCGUAUGAUGAUGUGCUCGAUAGACUCACACGUUGGGCAGCUGAUGCAAUGCCUUCGCCUCUGAGAACUUGUCAUACAGGUCUCUCGCCGCAGGCUUGUUCCAACACGUUGAUGGAACUCUCUUCUGAGCCGGCAUCAAGAGACAUGCCAGCAACGUGGCCUUACAUUCGAAGCAUCAAGGUCUCUCUGAGCGCGCACAUCCUCAGCCGAGGCUUGAUUCUUGUAGAUCUACCCGGCCUUCGAGAUCUCAACUCUGCCAGAAGAAUCAUCACUGAACGUUAUCUCCUGGAGUGCAAUGAGAUCUUCGCAAUCUGCAACAUUGGACGCGCAGCCACUGACGAAGGUGUUCAUCAAGUUUUUGACUUGGCCGACCGUGCUCGCCUGUCGAAUGUCGGCAUAGUCUGUACUCGUUCUGAUGACAUUGACCCUGAAGAGUCAAUUCGAGAUUGGCCCGGCAGAAGUGCAAGACAUAUUGAGCAGCUGCUGGAGAAUAUCGAAACGGCAAACAAGGAAAUCGAAGAGUUGCAGGCAGAGAUCGAGGAUUAUGGGGCAAGUGACCUAUCCGAACAAGAAAGACAGGAACUUGCGGAAUGCUGGGAAGAUCAACGACAAGCAAGCAUCCGCAAACAGAACUACGACUUUGAACUCAAGGAAUAUCUGAUCACAACCCGCAACCGGAUCAUCAUUGACUCGCUCACAAACACCUACGCCGGCAGAGUUACAGAUGCUAGAGUCUUUUGCGUGAGUAACACGAUCUACUGGCAAAACAGAACUGCAAGGAAGUCUGAGGCCAAACGAUAUCUCGACCUGAGUGGCAUUUUGCAAGUCCGAAAACACUGCAUCUCGAUUGUCGCAAACAGUCAACGACGAAUUGCCACACAGUACAUGAAGGACCAGAUCCCUGCGUUGCUUGCUGACAUCGAGCUAUGGGUCCAAUCUGGAGCCCGCACAGCGAGUGAAGAACGUCGCGAGGCACUCUGCCAAACUCUCGACAGUGUUGAGCGUCGUCUGAGGAAGGUAUGAGAUUAUCAAGGUUGUGUUCCGACUGACGUUUAUAGGACUUUGCAUCGCGCGCUUUUAGUCGCCUAGCAAGAGGAUACAACGAAGACUUUACAGAAUACGUUUACAACAGUGAGUACCUCGGUUCGGUCAGAAUUAUACUGACCUUUAGAUCGUCAUGUCUCUUCAUGGAGCCGGUCAGCCAAAAAUGCAAGCCAAGAUUGGGCAGGGUGGCAUCACAGUAAGUUGGCAAUGUCCCAAAGGUUCAGCACUAAAGAAUAGGUUCUUAUUCUGCAUUUUGUCGAAACUUUGGGGACUAUUGCACACCUAAAAUCGGAUCACGAAAUUGGAACGAGGAGGCUAUGGAUGAGAUGGUUAGCGAUCUUGGAGGGCCUUGGGAGGAAAUGUGUGGAUCUCUACAGGAGCGACAGUCGAGUAUGCUUGAGAAUGCCGACGAAUUCGCGGACAUGGCUAUUGAGAAACUUGAGCAUGAUUCUGUCGAUUCUUUGACUCAAGCUCUUGAAAACCGUCAGAGUAUAUUCCUGGCUGCUAUCGAGAAGGUCAAUGAUGACUUCGAGAACAACCUCAAGUGAGUUACUUGUGCCUCAUCGACGUCGCUAACAGGCCAGGAUCCUCCGCAUCGAGUCGCUUUCUGGCCUUCGAAGUUCAAUUUUCGGAAAAGCGAUGGAACCAUUUUACAAUAGGUGCAAUGCCGAGUUUGGUACGUUUACACAUCGUCUACUGAUGCAGCUAACCCUCCCAGGCCAGGGAAGUGAUGCUCGUCGAAAGGCAAUCAUCAGAGGGGCUUUGAGCGAUGAAGACUUGUUCACCAAGCUCAUGAGAAGCCUCAAAGACAGUUUCCGGGCCAAUUCAGAGGCCACUCAGGCGAAGAUACAGGAAGCGACCAUGGAGUAUCUGCGCGUUGUUGAGGAACGGUUUGACCUUGUGCGGAGUGAGAACGUCGCUCGGGAAAGCGAGCAAGAUCCAGACUUUCGACUUCGGGUUGACCAAGUUGCCCGAGCUGGAAGGGAGACUAUGCAGAGGGUUCACCAAGUUAUCUGAUGUUCGAUCU